GGCACCGGACCAGUCCGCCGCCCCACUCCGGUCUGAACGCACGCGCCGCUUCUAACAACAUAGCGCCAGACACGAUAAACACGCAACCUAUUACCGAUUUAAUUUUUUCAGUGUUCAGUAUUUUUGUUGAAGUGCGAUAAAUGUGUAAAUAUUUUUCUAUAUCGACUCUGUGAUAGAGGCGGGCAGGCUCGGGCGGGGCGAACUCCUGACACAGUGGCUCAGUCGGCCGCAGGUCGCCGAGUAAGCACCAUCGAUUUUCUCCACGCAGCAAUACGCGAGUGCCCGCAAAAUGCAUAUUGAAGUGCAAGUAGCUCUCAACUUCGUCAUAUCCUACCUAUACAACAAACUGCCUCGGCGACGGGUGAACAUCUUCGGUGAGGAACUGGAGAAGGCGUUGAAGGACAAGUUCCGGGGUCACUGGUACCCCGAUCGACCCUGCAGAGGGUCCGCAUUCCGGUGCCUGAAGACCGGGGGUCCGCUGGACCCUGUCUUGGAGCGCGCUGCGCGGGAGUCGGGGGUCCCUGUGCGGGAUGUGCUGGAGCACUUGCCGAGGGAUCUGGCUGUCUGGGUUGACCCAGGAGAAGUGUCGUACCGCAUUGGUGAGAAGGGAGCGGUGAAGGUGCUAUUUAGCAGCGACGAGCGAGCGGCCGACGAGCGGACCGACCGGGAGGUGACCCGGGCGUUCAACCCCGAGGCGCAGUGCUUCCGGCCUGUGGAGCCCGCAGCGGCGCCGUCGCCCCCAGCGCCCGCCGCCUUCUCCCCCGCGCCGCCCUUCCGCGCGCAGCCCCUGACCUUCACCACCGCCACCUUCGCGCAGACCAAGUUCGGCAGCACCAAGCUGAAGACGAGCAGCAAGCGCGCCAACCGCAUGUCGCCCACCGAGUUCAGCAACUACAUCAAGCAGCGCGCGGUGCAGCAGCAGAUGGCGUCGCGCGCGCUGUCGCCGGCGGCCGACCCGGCCGCGUACUUCGUGGGGCGGCGCGAGGGGCCGCCCGCGGGCGCGCCGCCGUACCCGCCGGCGCCAGCGCACCUGCUGCUCGCCAACUGAGCCGCGCACGCGCGCUAGCCGCCCCGCGCGACCCGCUCAUAGUCGACAUAGUCUUUACUUUUUUACGAGAGAGACGCGCGCCGCGAAUCGCGAUUUAUUUUUUUAUUUUCCGCGGGGGCGCCCCGCGCCGCCCGCCGCUUGUGAUAUCCGUACGAUUUUCCAUAACUUUUUGUAUUCUCGUUCGUUACGUCGAUGUGUAAAUUUAUCGAUAGGAGCAAUAAUCGGCCGCGCGACUCGCCGGCGAUUUAUUUUCGUAAUAUUUAAAGCCGAGUCACGUUUUUGAUGUCUUCGUUCGAUAUCGAUAUAUUAGUAGGGUAAGGGAACGAGAGGCCGGAUGGCCGCGUGCGCUUACGACGUACCUUCUAUAGAGCGAGCCUGUAUACAUACGUCCUCCGAUCUAAGAAAUACUGAUAUUUAAAUAUGUAUACAUAAUAUAUAUUCGUACGCGAUAUUCGUCUAAUUUUUCACGUGGAAACGAAAGGCCAAUAGAGAAAUUACGUAUUUUUAAUAUUGAAAUUGAUAAUUCAUACUAACUAUAUAAAGUACCUACUAACUGGUAUGUAUGUACUCGUAUCGUAUCGUAUGUAAUAAAUGUUGCAUAUCCGGUCGGACGCGGUCGGACGGCGCGGCGGGCCGCCCGAAGGCGUCGGAGAUCUCACCUAGUGUAAUCAUCACUCGUACGAUUAUUUAUAACCUUAUAAUAUUAUUACAAUAUACAUAAUAUAUUAUAGGUAUAGUUACGUUUCAAUCUAACAGUAUUUUUUUAAGAAGAUAUUAGUCCUUGAGUACAUUACCGGUCGACCGCGCGUCGGCCUUAGUCUGUAUGGUACCUAUAAUAAUAAUGUUAUAAUAAAAGACAUUGAGUGUAAAUGAUAGAAAAGAUUUCUCAAUUCAUAAAAUAACGGGUGCAUGCAAAUUCAUGGAAGUAAAUACUAUGUGUUAUUUAUCUUUUUUAUAUUUCACUCGGCGAUGUUCAGUUUUUCAGUGGAGGGUGUAGUGUAGUGGCGUAGUGUAGUGCCGCUUGUCCUUGCGAGUGUCCGGAGUGUCGCCCGCGCGGCACGGACCGGCCGGACCGCGUCGGGGAGUGUAGACACGCUUUCUAUUCCAUGCACAACAAUGACAAGUUGUACCUGAAUAAGAAAAUGUGCAACUAUUUUUUUACUAUUUUUAUAUUUUGAUUUAGAUUAAGUAUAGAUGUAUGAUUUCAGUAGGCGUCUACAUUUCCUACGAUAAUUUUAACUUGUACUUGAUUGAUACCCUAUUCAUUAAAUUAUUGGUAGGUAGGUACGUUGGGUAAAAGUACUGAGAUCCCUCGAUUGAAAAACUGGCCAAAGUGCUACAGUAUUUUGUAGAUAAAAUCUAUAAAGUAAGUUUAAUAAUGAUAAUACUUAGAGUAAUGAGAAUUUUUAUUAAAAAUACUUUUUUUUCUUUUGUAAGAUAUAUUAGAUGGAAGUGUUAAAGAUAUUUAAUAUAAAAUUGCAUAAUAUAGUAAAGCGGCUCUCCAUGCCCGUGAAUAUAAUUAGUCAAUAAUAAUUUUUCAUAUUGUUGUACGACUUUUUAAGUUUAUAUUAAAAUGUUUUGUGCAAUCUA